AUGGAGUAUUGCAGCUUAAAGGGUUAUUACAAAGGGUCCGAUAAAAGGCAACUAUCUAUCCAGCAACAGCUGGAUAGGUUGUUGUACGGAGGAUAUGGAGGUUCUGGCGGACAGGGUAACCAGUGCUCCUCGGCUCCGGCCAGUUACAACUUCAAGUGGGACGUCGACGAUCAAAUGUUUCCCCUUAAGUCUACAUUAGGUGUAAGACUGCGUAUAACUGUGGCGCUGGUGCUCCUGGUAGUGAUGGCGAAGGCGAGAGCGAGCCCUCAGGGCUAUGGCGCUCCAGGGCCUGUGGGGCCCAGCGGCCCUGGAGGGCCCGGUGGACCUGGGGGGCCCGGCGGACCUGGAGGAUCCGGAGGAUAUGGAGGUUCCGGUGGACAAGGUAACCAGUACCCGUCUGCUCCGGCCAGCUACAACUUCAAGUGGGACGUCGACGAUUCUUCUUCAGGCAACUUCUACGGCCACCAAGAGGAACGGAACAACGACGACACGCGCGGAAGUUACUACGUCCAGUUACCCGACGGCCGCCGACUGGUGGUUGAUUAUUUCGUCGACCAGUGGGGCUUCCACCCUACCGUCACUUACGAGGGCCAGGCCCAGUUUCCUAGUGGUUCCGGUCAAGGGGGCUACAGUCAAGGUGGUGGUGGCGGCGGUGGCGGUGGCGGCCAGGGUGGCGGUUCAGGGCAGGGAUACUACCAAUAGCUCUCCCACAAGUGACUCGUCAGCAUUUACUACCAGUGAUGGUCUCACUUCUUCCAUCUUAAUGGUUGCAACUUGUGCAGGGUUAUUGUCAGCGGUUAUCAACUGCUUCUCUCAUACCGAACGAUCCCGGUGGGAUGGAAGCGGAUCCCAAGCAAGGAUGUGCCGACAGAUCUCUGCUUCGAUCACGAACAAGCUGGUCCAUUCACGUUAGUUGGUGCAGGGAUAUGACUGCUCCUGGUGGCGUGAGUCAGGCCGCGCUUCCAUAGCUCAUCCUCCUCCUUCACAGCUUCUUCCUUCAGCCAGAGCUUUGA